UCUGCUUCCUUACUCACUUGUCAUCCCAAAAAAGAACAAAUACAGAAUUUUCAAUCAAUGAAACGCAGCUUCUCUGCCUUAUCUCUAAACACAAACAGAGAAAACGAAUCUGAGUCCAAGCUGACAAACCCAGCCAUCAAACGAUCCAAAUGCCACCACAAACAUAAUGCAGCGGUCGAUACAAAAGUUCUUCCAGAUCAAACAAGUUCAAUAUGUGAAACUGAAACUCCCGAAGGUGUUUCAAUAUGCGAAAAUGAAACUAUUGAAGGUGCUUGGGUGGUGUGGGGGUUUUACAAAGACGCACAUAAAAGGGAAGCAGUCAAGACACAAAAAAUAAAGGAAAACUACAAAAUGAAGGCAAAAGACGAUGAAGGCAGUAGUGAUGACUCACUUGUUCAAGCUCACUUGCGAGCCAGUUCCAAGUGUGGGAGGUGCGGAAAAGUAUUCCGAUCUUAUCAAGCUCUUGGUGGGCACAAAGUAUAUUGCAAAAGUGACAACAAUAGUGAUUGUAUGGAUCAGAAACCUUUUCAGUGCCAAUACUGCGACAGAGUGUUCAAGUCUGCUCAAGCACUCGGUGGACACAAGAGGGUACACUUUUCCAGUGCUAAUGAAUUUCGAGGUGUGUGAAUAGAUCUCAAUUUUCCAGCUCUUAAAUGAACAAGAUAGCCACACCCGUAUUGAAUUUUCAAGUCACCAGUGAUGAUGAUCUUUUAAGUCUCACUAAGCAAUUGUGGAGAUGGGAAUUUACAGACUUAAUUUGUGAUUUUGUCACAGUUUUUAACUGUGUUUAGUUCUGAAUGUUAAGAACAAUAUUUGCUUUCAAUCAUUUGAGGUUUUAAUAAUUAGACAUUUUGGGUUUAUAUUUAUUUAUUUAUGUAAGAGGGAACUAGGUUUUGAUUAUCAUUUAAGUGUUCUUGCUAGUAGUUUAUAUCUUUUUUGUUUGUUGAUUCAUAUUGUUCAGUGUUAUCAAUUGCAGAUUGCAAAGAAAAAAAAAACAGUUUGUUCAAAUUUCGUUAUGCAACGGUGCUAUAGCACCGAUACAAUCACUAUUUGGAAUUUUUUUUUACUAAAUAGCGUAUCGUAGAACAAUAGCUAUUUGGUCAGAUUCAGCUGCGUUACAGUGCAACUAUAGCUGGUAUUUAACUACACUGGUGUGGUUUAGCUUAACUCUUUCUCCAUAUCUCCAUAAAGGCCAAAAUGAUCAUAUUUUCUUUUGUUUGCACAUGUAUGAUUUUAGAUUAAACUACGUCGUUUUUGAAAGAUGAUAAAAUUGUACAAAGCCUAGAACGAUUAGCUUCUCUAAUGACUAACAUCAGAACUCUCUAAUUUUAACAAGGCUUGUGCUUAUGAGCAGUGUUGUUAAAUUAGAAGCCAUGGCACCGACAUAGUGGUUUUUUGACAACCAUGAUAGGCAAUAUGUGAAGGGAUACCCAACAUCAUUGCAGUGCCAUAGGCCACAAUGGUGUGUUUACAUGACGGCUUUAUGGCAUUCCGCCAACAACAGCAGUGCUAAUGAAAUAUUAUUCCCUGCACAAUGGUUUAGACUAACCGACUCAUAUUUUAUAUAAUUGGAGUAACACACAUCAUAUAUAACUGUGAACAACAAAAGUAAAUAAAUAUCUUUGUUAUUAUAUACUUCAAGAAGCUUCGACAUAAUUACAAGUGUUGUUUAUGCUUAUUAUUUUGAUACAAAAACAUCAAAUUUCUUUGAAUCGACGCCGAAGAAAAGUUUUGUUUAAUCUUGGGUUGAACCAUAGGAAAGGUUCAGUGCCAAGCUGCUAUGCAGAUUGCUAUGGCUUCCUAGGAGAAAAAUUAAGCCUUCAUUAAUUAUCCCUUUUUUAAAAUAUGAUGGCUCCUGUGAGUUAUUCUGAUGGUUUCUUUAAAGCCAUUGCUGGCCAAAAGGCUAGAUGUAAGAGAAAUACCUCAGAAAUCAUGAUCAGACAAAAGAGGUAUCAAAUCUAUCACCAAAAGUUUUAGAUACACCACUAUGAUUCUAAAAUUAACAAAACAGGGAUCCAGGAUUGUGCAAAAGUGUGGCACCCUCUAAUGGGCCCAAGGUAACUGAAAAAGGAAGCGUACAAAACAAUACAAAUAGCAACUAGUUCGAAUAAUAAAACGGGGAAAAAAAAGCAAAACCCAAGCGGUUGAGAAGGCUUAAUGGAGUCAUAUAUUGUGCAUGUGCUAUUGGUUCUUAAACAUACUACUAGUGUUGUCAAUCACAGACCGAUGGUUAUAUGAAAGCGAAUUUGGGUAAACUAAAAAUUGUGAUAAUGCAACUUAUAAAAAGUAGGGAAGCGUGUUUCAAAACAAAAGGAUGGGAUUAUUCAAACAAAAAUCAAAAGGUUGGGGAAUAUAAAUUCAAAAGAAAAAUAAAAAAGAGGAGGAAUUGCAACAGUUCUGUUCAAUUUUGUGGCAAAUAUUUAUUUUAUACAUAGGGGCUGAGUAUAUACAUUAUACAAAUGGUAUGAGGGGAGCGACAACCCCAUUUUAACUAUACCUUGUUCCAUCCCUAAUGGCUGCUGCUAUUUGACAACACUGCAUACUUCGGAAAACUUUAUUUAUUCUGGUUUGGAUGGCAAGCAGGCCUUAGAAGCAUAUGGCAUACGGACAGAGCAGAA